GUCAAUGCUGUCCAUCGAAUUGAUUGUUGUUGACCACUUGACUGACACAACACCCGAAAGUUAUUGGUGUCCGUGGAUUGUUUACAGUUUUUCGGCUUUUUAGGCCGUUUUGUGUAUUUAAUUUAGCCCCAUUUAAGGCCCCCUUAAGGCCUCAAUUAGUAAAGCUAUGGCCGAAGUCAAACAUCCACCAACUCAAGCCGAAGGCGAUUGGACCUGCGACGAGUGUGGAAACUUGAAUUUUGCCCGUCGAACCAGCUGCAAUCGCUGCCAACAAGGUAAGGCUCCGCUUUCUUCGUCAUCGUCAUCCGCGCAAAAACGCAAAUUGGGCACUGAAAUCGGCAAAGCAGCCGCGGAAAAGAGUCGCGGGCUCUUUUCCGCCGAUGACUGGCAGUGUAACAAAUGUGGCAACGUGAACUGGGCGAGGCGGCAACAAUGUAACGUGUGUAACGCCCCCAAGUUCGGCGAGGUCGAGGAGCGGACUGGCUUUGGGGGAGGCUACAACGAUCGCGGCACAGUCGAAUACAAAGACCGUCAAGAGUCCGACGAUGAAUACGACGAGUUCGGACGUAGAAAGAAGAAAAGGAGUCAACGUCACAAUAGUAAUAGUAAUAGCGGUGACGAUGACGUCAUCAGAAGGGAUCGUAGUCCCAUAAAACGAGCCGAAGAAGAAGAAGAAGAGGAGGAGGAGGAAGAAGACGAGGAGGAGGACGAUGACGACGGCGACCUGUCCAAAUACGAUUUGACCGAUUGGGGCGAUAAUGACGAUAAAGGUAACAAAGAGUAAUUUUAAAAAUAGUGUGUAAUUAGUGUUAUUGUGUGUUCUUUUAUUAAAUUAAUUUGUUUUGUCAUUGUUAUAUACAAUUUUAUAUAUACCGAUAAGUGUUAAUUAAGUCCAUUUAUUGUAUUUUAUCGCUUACUAAUUCAUUGUGUUUUUAAAAGGUCUUUAGGUCAAAUAACUAAUAGUAGUAAUAUAAUACGCAGCUACAGCGCUGAA